AUACAACUAAAGGGGCUCGAGUUUGGAUUCCUUCCAGUGCUUAUUCGAUUGCUCGCGGAUAGUAUACGUUUGUGCAGUUGUAUGAUUUUUCUGUACAAUAUUGUGAAUCGAUUACGCUUUUUUUGAAUUCAUUGAUACAAUUAAUUAAGAGAGCAGGGUUACUUUAACCUAAGUACUCAUUUCUUUUCAUUGAAUGCCAAGUUUUAUGCUUCUCAGUGGUGACUGGUCACAUUGCCCGUUUUAAUUUACUUUUUUUUCGAAUUGAAAUAAUUUAUUUGUAAAAAUCAAGCAACUGGCAGUGACUCAAGAUGUAUCUUUUUUUGACAUUCAUUAUUAUUACAAUAUUCCAUGGGGCAUCAAGAAGUGUAAAUCCUUCAAAAAUACAUCGACCAAAAACAUGCCGAGAAGUGUUUGACGGUGGUUUCGGAAAUGAAGACCGUUCCUAUUGGAUAAAUCCCAGCCAAGGUGAUGAAAAAUAUAUGAUCUUAGCUGAUUGUAAACUCAAAACACGUGAAACGUGUAUAUCCUCGUACCCAUAUCGUUCGAAAAAGUUUGAUAUUUCUGGGGCUAAAUCAGAAGUUUGGUUAGGAAAACGACAUCCCAGUUACCAGAUCGAUUACCGAGCAGAUGCUAAUCAGCUGAGAAUGUUGCAACAGAUGUCCAAAUAUGCAACACAAAGUAUUACUUAUCAUUGUAAGAAUGUUAUUGUGUACUACGACAGUAUCAACAAAAAUUUUGAGAGAAGCGUAAAAUUACGGGGAUGGAAUAAUGAUGAAAUCACCCCGCAAAACCUUUCAAAUUUACAAUUUAUGUCCGGUUACGACAAUUGUCAGCAUAUAAACCAUCCUCAUAGCUCAGAAACGCGCAUCACAUACUCAACUAACGUACCUUCCCAACUUCCCAUCACUGAUAUAGCAGUUCGAGAUAUCGGAAGACCUAGACAAUAUAUUUACGUGGACAUUGAACCUGUUUGCUUUCAUUAAUUUUCGAAAUCAAAGCGGCUUGAGUAGCCCAUGAUGAGGGUUUCCGAAAGUUAGAUUGAAAAUUUCUAGUUGUAUGCAUAAAAUUCAAGCAGUUUUUUCGGAGAGAACAACAAACAACUGGUGACAAACGAUUAAAAAUGGAUGUGAAUUCAUCAUACGGUUUCCACGACCAGCUAUCAAUAUAUCCUGAAAAAAAUUUCGAGAGACAAACUUCUGUUUCCGAAAUUAUCUGCAUUUCAAAGUUUUUUACCACAACUAGAUUUUCAAGAUUUAUUGACAACUGGCUGUAAAAAACUUUCGUUUGAAUUUUUUCGAAAUGUAAAAUUUAUGAAAUAAAAAAUGUCCUA